AUGUCCUUAGCGCCCGUGGACGACGAGCAGCACGCUCGGCUCUGCGGCCGCGCGCGCGCCAAAGAGAUCUUCCAGCCGAUGCGCUGGAAGCGCAUCGGCUCGCUGCCCGACGAGGCCGCCAAGCUCUACGAGAGCGCGCGGCGCAGCAGCAGCCAGCGCAGCUACAGCCUCCGCGCCGUGCGGCCGUUGCAGGCCUCGCUGGCCGAGGUGGAGGCCGUGCUCACGGGCCAGACGGCGCUGCUCGGGCGGGAUGACACGCCGUCGCUGCUCGCGCGCCUGCUGCCGGCCACGUACGUGUCGGGCGGGCGCAUCACGCGCUACCCGACGCUCGAGCACUCGACCAGCGAGCGCGAGAACGUAGCGCUGCAGUACGCGCGCCUCAAGCCGUACUCGGCCCAGCACCAGCAGGAGACCAAGCACGCCGUGCUGCUCGAGAGCGUGGACAACUACGUGCUGCUGGGCUACACGCUGUCCACCAAGCUGCAGCGCUCGGACACGAGCAAGAGGAAGCCGUCCGGGCUCGAGCCGCCCGUCUCCGUGCCGUCGCUGCUGCAUCUGUACCGCCCCGUGAGCGCGCCCGCGUUCGCCGAGAGGAGACACGACUUCCGAGCCGAGAGACUCGCGACCAACGAGUUCAGCAUCACGUACAUCAUCCAGGAGCUGCCCCCCAGCGAGGACCAAGACGAACAAGAGCAGCAGCAGCAGAAGGAGAGCAGCGUCACACUCGAGGUGGUGCUCACCUGCUCACUGGACUCCCGACAGGCGGAGGCGGCGGCGGACGACGAGGCCAAGGAGAUGCUGCACCAGCAGAAGCUGCGGCUUCGACACGACGCGCUGUGUCUGACAAGGCUGCAGCCGUUUAUCGACGCCUACCGACAGGAGAAGGUCAAGGGCAACGCGACGGUCUCGCAGCCGCGCGAGCCGCAGCACGACCCGAAGGACUGCGACCCCAACAUGCUGCGCGGCAGCAUGUUCUUGGGCGGCCGCACGUGUGGCGUCUGCCACCGGAAGUUUGGCCCGUUCCGAUGGAAGCGCCACUGCGAGUCGUGCGAGAAGAUUGUGUGCAACCAGUGCCUGUCGGUGCUGGCGGCGGCGCCGUCGCUCUCGCGCCGCAAGAAGCGCGUGUGCUCGCAGUGUCUGUAUGGAGAGACGGCGAACGUGGCGGCGAUGCACAAGGCGGCGGCAGACGCUGCGCACGAGGACGGAGCUGGAGCGCCGAAGGCGCCUGAGACCACGACCAUGAACGUGUUCCAGUUCCCGAGCUUGGAGUCGUUGGUGACCAAGCACAAGGCCAGCAGACCGGCGGCUCCUGUCACUUCCCAAAGCAGCAGAGGAACCUCAUCAAGGUCUUCAGGCCGGGUACAGAUCGACCUGGGCUUGGACCCUGCGUUGGCCACGUCGUCAAGGUCUUCCACUGACCGGAGACGUGCGCGCUCUCGGCAGUCACAGCUCUCGCAGGGGUCUGCCGUAAGCACAUCCUCCAACACGAGCGCCACGAGCAGCUUCGUCACUGCAACUCCUGAUAAUCGACGCGCGACGCUUGCCGACCGCACUGACCUUGACGACAGUGAAUCGGCCAUGACCAAGUCCAUGCGCACUCGACGUGCCAAGACCGUAUUGAUAGAUGAACCGCAGGCCAAGUCCACGAGCCACAAGCCACUGAACUUCAUCACGCCUCUGUCGACUUCGGCGCCGACGCACUCGUUGUUUCCCACCGAGGAGAAGGAGGAAGAGCUGGAGCUGGAGCCUGUGCAACCGGUGGCUAAGCCUCGCGCAACCUCGUGCACGAACUCCAUGAUGCAGUUUGUGCAGCUGAAGACGCCUGAGCCAGACUACGAGCUGGAUUACAACUGGUACAACAUCUUUCCCAAGGCCCCAGUCGAUCGCACGACUGCGGAGAUGGCGCGCGCGAAAUACGUGGAAGUAUCGGGACUCAAGGUGGACGCUCGUUCUCUGGUGUUCAUGCGCCACGACACUGAGCUCGAGGAGAUCGCUCGACGUGUUCUGGAUGUCGCGUCGCAGUGGCAUGGCUGCAGUAUCAACAUUGUGGGCAGCUACGAAGUGUACUGCCUCGUGACCGCCUCCAACAAGCCCGAACUUGACCUGGACGAUGAGCUACUAGAGCUCGAGGCCUCCCCCGUGACGGUGGAUGAUGUUGUUCCUCGUGAAGAGAGUGUAAGUGCGUACGCAGUGCACCACCGCUCCCCGUUCUUCGUGGCCGAGAUGGAGCACGACCCGCGCUUCCGUGCGCACCCGCUACACACAGACCAGGGGGCUGUAUCGCUCCUAAGCUUCCCCAUUUAUUCGUCGGGUGCUGACGCCGCUGGAUCAAUGUCUACCGAUGGAGAGGCUUACUGCGUGGCUACGCUGGACUUGUGGAAGCGGGAUCACGUGCCUGCCAGCAGCCAUGUCUCUCACGAGUGGAUGUCGAGCAUUGGUGAGUUACUACGCAACAUCAGCGCACGUCUGGAGGCGCUGUCGAUGGAGUCGCACGCGUUCCUCAAGCCCCGUGCUCGCGCUGGACACUCGUUCGGCUCGUCCUGCGAUUCAAGGGGCAGCACUCGACGAGCGGACUCGAUCGUCGACCUGUAUGAUAUCGACAGUGAGGCGGUGGUAGACUCGCCUCCACUUUCUCAAGCAGAGACGAUGGAUCGGCUCACGAGUCUUUCAUACGCCAAGGUGCGCGGCCUGGGCUUGGGAGGUAUGAGCGGUCCCGGGUCGUCGACGUGGAAGUACGAUAGCGACAACGAGAGCACGACGUCCAGCCAGAGCGCGAGCAGUCAGAGCUCGCGCUUCUCCUCGCACCUCUACACAGCCGCAGAUAUGCACUCAACGAUCGAGUCACUGCUGCAGCAGGCUUCCAAGACUUCCAAGUACAUCAGUGAGACGGGAGUAUCCAUUUAG